AGUUUUAGGUUAUAUUCUUGUAAAGCAUGUACAAAAGACUACUAAACGUAAACUACCUAUACAACUACAUCACUAAACGACAGGCUGGACAUUCCAAAUGGGCCAAUAUAAAGCACACGAAGUCCCUAAAAGAUAACGAACGAUCGAAAUUGUUUACUAAACUAUCGCAACAAAUAAAAGUCGCGAUUAACGAGGGUGGAUCGGCGAAUCCGAGCGCAAAUCUCAGGCUGGAACAAAUAAUCGCUCAAGCCAAACGUUCCAAUAUGCCGGCGGCGACGAUCGACAGUGUCAUUAAAAGCACGCAGAAGGACAAGACGCAAAUGAAAAGCUUCACAUUCGAAAUUAAAGGGCCCGGUAACUGCAUUAUACUGUGCGAGGUGUGUUCGCCUAACGUGACCAAGACCAAGCAGGACAUCGCGUCGAUGAUGAAGAAGCAUUCGUGUCGGUACUCGGAGAGUGGCGGUCGGCAUUUCUUCGAUCAUAAGGGUGUCAUCCAGACGGAGGUGCCUUCGGCGUUUAGUGGGAAAUUGGCCGAUGACAUUUUGGAGGCCGCCACUAAUCACGCGAUCGAGUGCGAAGCUGAGGACGUGGUGUUGGUUGACGACAAUUUGUUGCAGUUCACAAGUGACCCGCAUAGUUUCAUGAAAGUGCAGAAGAACUUGGAAGAGUUAAAGUACAACAUUGUCGAGGCGUCCUUAGAUUAUAUUCCGAUUAGGAGGAUCGAGUUGAGUGACGAUGAUAUGGAGAAGUGUUCGAGGUUCUUCGAUAAAUUAAGUAGUGUAGACGAUGUCGUAGGGAUUUACAAUAAUAUUGCGUAGACUGUUGUAUUAUCGGCUGUGAGAAUGACUAAAAACCACCUGCAAAAGUAUAAUGAGUUUUUCUACCGCAAA